CAAAUCAAACACUCAAAACAUGACUUCUCUGUUAACUUCAACAAUGACUAGUAUAGAGCUUGGAGGAUGGACUGAGGCGCAGGAUGCAACUGAGGAAACUCAGAAGAUUUGUGAUCAGGUGAAGCACCAAGUGGAGGAAAAGACAGGCAAGAACUAUGUGGAAUACAGAGCAAUUGAAUACAGGAAUCAGCUUGAGAAUGGAGAAACAUUUCUCAUCAAGGUUCAUGUUGGAGGAACGGACUACAUUCAUCUGAGGGUCUUGCAAAUAAUUCCUCUUGUCAGAGGCGUGCCGAGCCCAAAAGAUUUUCUACAAGGUGUAGAGCAGCACAAAACCAAAGAUGACCCCCUCGUACCUUUUACAAACUGAUUAAACAACCUGUUUCAAUAGUGAAGUACUUACAGGCUGCAGUCUCAUAUUAAAAUGCUCAGCUUCUUUAUUC